GUCGGGAUAAGAGUAUCUAUUCGAGAAUAUCCGAUUUCAAAAAAUCCUACCGACUUCUCUUCUCCUCUUCCGACUCUCAUCUUUAAAAUCCCUCUUUUGUUCCGCUGUAAACACUCGAUUCUCGUCCUUGUUCCUUUUGUUUACUCACUUUUGUACACUUUUGGUCACACUUUCCUUUCGAUGAUCUGAAUCGAUCCCUUGGCGGAGAUCGGAAGCGAGAGGCUUCUCCUAAGGAAGAAAGAUUUUGCAGCUAAAUAUCUACUCUAGACUGGCAAGGGAAGACAAGACAUCACAAUGGCACAUUUGCUCUCGACUCAUUGUACCUUAAUUCCCUCUCCAGCCACUAAAAUGUUCUUCAAACCACUGAAUCAGUGUUCAGCCAUUGUGCAUACUUCUGUUCCAUUUUGGGCUGAUAGAUCUCCACGUAUGGUGGUCAAGUCACAAAGAAAGAGACAAGAAAAACAAUAUGUUAGUUCUCCUAUGGCUACCCCAAUAAGCCAAGAAACUGGAAGUAAAUCCUCAGCUGCAUCUCAUAAAAUUCAGAAUGAGUCAAUCCCCAAGUGCAAAAAGGUGAUGGUCAUCGGUGGUGAUGGCUAUUGUGGAUGGGCCACUGCCCUUCACCUUUCAAAUAAAGGGUAUGAUGUGGCCAUAGUUGAUAGUCUCGUCCGCCGCCUGUUUGAUCAGCAGCUUGGCAUUGACUCCCUUACCCCAAUAUCUUCUAUCCAAAAUCGUCUUCAUCGAUGGAAAUCUAUCUCUGGAAAAACAAUACAACUUUAUAUUGGUGAUAUAUGUGACUUUGAAUUUCUCUCUGAAGCCUUUAAAUCUUUCGAGCCAGAUUCUGUGGUCCACUUUGGUGAGCAGAGAUCUGCACCUUACUCUAUGAUUGAUCGGUCAAGAGCUGUAUUCACACAGCAUAACAAUGUGAUUGGAACUCUCAAUGUUCUUUUUGCCAUCAAGGAAUUUAGAGAAGAGUGUCACUUAGUAAAGCUUGGGACAAUGGGUGAAUAUGGAACUCCAAAUAUUGAUAUAGAGGAGGGAUACAUAACAAUCACCCACAAUGGAAGAACUGAUACGUUGCCUUAUCCAAAGCAAGCUAGCUCUUUUUACCAUCUGAGCAAGGUGCAUGAUUCACAUAACAUUGCAUUUACAUGCAAGGCUUGGGGAAUAAGAGCCACAGAUUUAAACCAAGGGGUGGUUUAUGGUGUCAGGACAGACGAAACUGAGAUGCAUGAAGAGCUUUGUAACAGAUUUGAUUAUGAUGGAGUGUUUGGGACAGCUUUAAAUAGGUUUUGUGUUCAGGCUGCUGUCAGACACCCACUUACAGUAUAUGGCAAAGGCGGACAGACGCGAGGAUACCUAGAUAUCAGAGACACAGUGCAGUGUGUUGAGCUGGCCAUUGCUAAUCCAGCCAAGCAAGGUGAGUUUCGGGUAUUUAACCAGUUCACAGAGCAGUUCUCUGUCAAUGACGUUGCUGGCCUGGUCACGAAAGCUGGCAAGAAGCUUGGAUUGGACGUGCAAACCAUCUCUGUGCCAAACCCACGGGUAGAAGCAGAAGAGCACUACUACAAUGCCAAACACACCAAACUAAUUGAGUUGGGCCUCAGACCACACUUGCUUUCCGAUUCACUUUUGGAUUCAUUGCUCAACUUUGCGAUCAAGUUUCAGGACCGUGUUGAUGCAGCACAAAUAAUGCCUAAUGUUUCUUGGAAGAAAAUUGGAGUGAAGCCUCGGACUGUUGCCGUCUAGAUAUAUUUGUCUUAAUAAGGUUACAUAAUGUCAAUGAUCUAGGGUUGACAUUACUGAUGUUUUAUUAUUUUAGAUUUAGUUAAUAAUUUCUUUUUCUUGUGCAUAAGAUAGCUCUAGAUUGAAGUGUCUACCAGUUGUGUAGUGUCCUUGUAUGGCAGUGUUCCAUUUUGAGGUUUGCCAGACCCAAUCCCAGCAUUACUGACUGGAAGAAAUGUGGCUUGUCAAUCUCUCACUCUCUAUCUAAUGAGUUUAGCAUUUUUGUGGUUAUUAAA